AUGCGCUUCCUGCACUUGAUCCGCCCGCCCGACCGCAAGAUCCCGUUCCGCGAGAAGGUCCUCUGGUCGGUCAUCACGCUCUUCAUCUUCCUCAUUGGCGCCGGCAACGCGAUCUUGAUCAUCAUCCAGCUCUUCUUUGCCGGUAUCCUCGUCAUCAUCUUGGACGAAAUGCUCCAGAAGGGCUACGGCCUCGGCUCGGGCAUCUCGCUCUUCAUUGCGACCAACAUUUGCGAAAGCAUUAUGCGCGCGCUCAAGGAGGCCUUUUACCGCCAGAACUUGCCCAACGUGACGAACUUGCUCGCGACGAUCCUCGUCUUCAUCGUCGUCAUCUACUUCCAAGGCUUCCGCAUCGACCUCCCGGUCAAGUACCAGCGCUACCGCGGCCAGCAGGGCACGUACCCGAUCAAGCUCUUCUACACGUCCAACAUGCCCAUCAUCUUGCAGACGGCGCUUGUCUCCAACUUGUACUUUGUGUCGCAGCUCCUCUACAAGAAGUUUGGCGGCAACUUCCUCGUCGGUCUCCUCGGCAAGUGGCAGGACGUUGAAGGCGGUGGCGGCCAGUCGAUUCCCGUCGGCGGUCUGGCGUACUACAUGUCGGCGCCGUCGAGCGCGGCCCAGAUCCUGUACGACCCGAUCCGCGCCGUCAUCUACGUCGCCUUCAUCCUCGGCUCGUGCGCGCUCUUCUCCAAGACGUGGAUUGAAAUCUCGGGCUCGUCGGCCCGCGACGUGGCCAAGCAGCUCCGCGACCAGCAGAUGGUCAUGAAGGGUCACCGCGACGCGUCGAUCGUGCACGUGCUCAACCGGUAUAUCCCGACGGCCGCGGCCUUUGGCGGCAUGUGCAUUGGCGCGCUCUCGAUGGUCGCCGACUUUUUGGGCGCGAUCGGCUCGGGCACGGGCAUCUUGCUCGCCGUCACGAUCAUCUACCAGUACUUUGAGACCGGCAUGUUUGGCCUGUAA